CUGAUUGGUCGGUCCCAUUGCUGUUCGUCAAUCCAAGAUGGCGCCGACGUUAGUGGAGCAUGUUAUUGCAGAUGCAGGAGCAUUUUUAAAGAAAGCUCCUCUCCAGGAUAUCGGCAGGAACAUCUACACACUGAGAGAUGUGGUGGAUGAGAUCAGAGAUAAACCCACCAGGAGGAGUCUGGCCUUCCUGCCCUACGAGCUUAUCUUCAAAGAACCACAUCCUGAACACAUCAGACAUGUGACCGAGUUCUCCAAGAAGACCGGAGACUACCCAAGUCUUUCAGCCACUGAUAUCAAAGUCCUGGCUCUGACCUACCAGCUGGAGCUGGAGCAUGUUGGCUCCCAGCACCUAAAGAGGGAGCCGAAAGUCAAGAUUAAUAUUCACAGCACACAGCGCCACCCAGAGACUCCUGUUAAUGUUGCAGGAUUCCACUUUCCCUCCAAGAAGCCUGUGGACAGUUCGAGCAGCGGACACACUCAAGCAGAGACAUCAAAUCCAGUCGACACUGAACAGUUUAACACCUUCCAGUUCUGGAGAGACCCACUACCAUCCAUCGACAGUGACCUACUGAACUUUCUGGACCCAGUGGACGUUUUACAUUCAAGCAACAAACAGAAACCAACGGACACGCAGAAGAGUCUCGUGACAGUGGACAGUGAAGAGUUCAACAGCUUCCAGUUCUGGAGAGAACCAGUGGCAUCUCUCGAUGACAGCCUGCUGGAUUUACUGCAAGUGGACAGCGGGUCAAACACAUCGCUGCAGGCAAAGAAACACUCAGAUGAUGAGGACAAAGAGAAUGAGCCUGAGGAGGAGGAUGGAGGAGGUUGGAUCACUCCCAGUAACAUCAAUCAGGUGAAGAUGGAAUCGGCUGAUUGGACGACUCCUGCUGAUGUCAGAGUGGGAUGUCUGACCACCGACUUCGCCAUGCAGAAUGUUCUGAUUCAGAUCGGACUCCAUGUUCUCUCUGUUAAUGGGAUGGUGAUCAAACAGGCGAGGAACUACAUCCUCAGAUGCCAUGCCUGCUUUAAGACGACCAGUAACAUGAACAAAGUGUUCUGCCCUCACUGUGGAAACAAGACUUUGAAGAAGCUGGCGGUGAGUGUCGGGGAGGAUGGCAACAUGCAGAUGCACUUCUCCAGAAACCCCCGAGUGCUGAACCCCAGAGGACUCAGGCACUCACUGCCGCUGCCUCAGGGAGGGAAACACAGCAACAACCCCCAGCUGGCGGAGGACCAGCCUUUCCCCCAGCAGAGACUCUCCCAAAAGGCUCGUCAGAAGACCGACGUCUUUGACCCCGACUACCUGGCCGGAGCGUCACCUUUCUGCGAGAAUGACAUCUACAGCCGAGCCGCCAACCUGCAGAUCAGAGACGGCCAGGGUGGAGGCGGCAGGAGACGAGCCAACCCCAACGCCACCCGCAAGAAGUUUAGGAAGAAGUGAAGAGCUGACACAUCUGGACAAGUGGACAGUGGCAUCAGAUUUAUCAUGGCUUUAAAGGCCCAUAAAUGUGUUAACUACAACUCCGCCACACUGAAGGCACUGACAAAGCUCUGUGUUCCUUUACACAUAAAUCCAAACCAAUGUUGUGUUACACUCAACAGAUGCUCUGUGUUAAGUCUCUGGAUCAAUAUAAUGUAUCGAUUAAUACCCAAUAAAUGUUCAGAUUGA